AUGCCUACGAAAACAUUGGAGUUUGUCACCGCCUUCUCGGAGCUGCUUCUUCCGGUUCUGAAAAAUGGGGAGGGGCCGCAACGUUGGACUAGCACGCAAAUAUUGGCCCUUCUGGGUCAUUCAUGUGCGCCUUUAUGGGCAACUACCCCUAAGGCUUUCCCUGACUCGUCCGCUGGCAUAUCAUCGUUCCUAGGCAAUAGAAUACCGGUUUAUGUAUUCAGCGAACUCCGUUGCCUCAACUGCAAUUCGCACUUUCCCGCCGGUGCCCUCGAAAGGAACCGAGAAGCCAUCCAGGCGCAGCUGGAUCGAAAACAAAAUGCACUAAGAAGCCUUGUCAGCCCCUCCCUCCAUGCCACACAGACACAGCGGGUGGAGCUUUUAACUGAGGUCUUGAACGAUAUCUUGCAAGCCAUUCCACAAGCGGUAGCUGUCAGUGGCUGCCUGUCUACGGAUGUGUGGCAAGCGUUGCAGAGCGCUGCCAGGGCUGCCCACGCGCAAGCAGAAGUGAUGCGGCAGGUUCACACCGACUCCAUCAGGUCUUUUGAGUCAGUCGGCUUGGCAGCAACUUGCAUGUCAGCUGGCAUCUAUGUAUUGUUGCACAGGCUUCCUUUGGGAUUGUCGCAGCCAGAAGUGUGUGCGCAGAUGUACAAGGCCGCUGUGUUGCUUGGCCAAGUAGGUGGUCGUUCACAGGCAAAACAGGUUCUGAGAGCCGCGAUCAAGGCGACACUCAACUCCUGUGGGCCUCACAGCGUCAGCCAGAGUUCCAUGAAAGAGUAUUUACGAUGGUUGGAGCGAGAAGAUGAAUAA